AUGGCAGUCAAGCCCGCCUCACAGAUUCCUCGACGCGAUACAGCUGAUGACCAGCCGAGAGAUUCUGCAGUCGACAAUGGUCAAGAGGAAAAGAAUCCUCGAAGAUAUUCGUCCACUUCCUCAGCUUCUACCCAAGCAGGCGAAGCGCUUCCUUUGUAUACGAACAGCGCUGCUAUACCCAACAUUAUCAUAUUUGGUGAAACGGGUACAGGGAAGAGCUCCCUCGUUAACAUGCUCGCUGGUCGAGAGGCUGCGGUCACAUCGAACGGAGCCACAGGCGGUACAUUCUCCAGCAAACCUUACGAUAUCGUCCUCCGCGGCAGACAGUACAGAGUCUGGGACACAGCUGGCCUGAACGAAGGCGAACUUGGCAGCGUUCCAGCGGCUGCCGCCCUGCAGAACCUGCGCACCCUGGUUGGGACCAUGACAGAGGGCGUGAAUUUACUCGUCUACUGCGUGCGCGGGUCACGUUUCCGCAACGUCCUCAGAUACAAUUAUGAAGUCUUCCACAAUAUCAUCUGCCAGGGCGAAGUGCCGAUCGUCAUCUUCGUCACGGGUUUAGAGCACGAAUCGUCAAUGGAUGGGUGGUGGGAUGCAAACCACGGCGAAUUCGACAAGUAUGGGCUACACUUUAAAGCACAUGCAUGCGGGACGACGACCAAGGGCAAGAACGGGGACUUCGUAGAGGAGUUUGAAGACACCAGGAAGAAAGUCGAGGAGAUGGUUGUGGAGUAUUGCCCGCAGGUGGCGUGGGGCGGCGGGUGUGAGCAGUGGUGGGAGAACAUUAUCCGAAGCAUGACGGAUCACCAACAAAGAUGGAAGAGAAUGGAGGAUGAACGCGCAGAGGAGACCAACACCCCUGAGCCCCAACUCAAGGAGGAAUGGGGGACCUUGGUAAAGACCGCCCAACAAUGCGUUUUCCAGGUUGGUAGAGUUCUCAAAGCCAGUACGUCCGUCCUAUGGUUCAGGACCAAGGAGCCAACCGUCCCUCCAAGUUGA